AGUUACAAGGUAGAAGGAGAAGGGAAACGAGAACGGAAAGAGGGAAAGAAGAGCAUUGCACUUUACUGUUACUGUAAAGGUUAAAUUGAGUCGGACUUGAGAAGAAAGGUGACUGGGGACCAUGCUGAGGGCUUGUCUGAGAGGGGCUAACGCCACAGCUCGGAAGAACUUCGGGAGAACCCGUUUGACCAAUGUGCAACACUGCCGGCACUACACUUCAGGAGAGACCGGUGGCGCUGCUAAGGUGGUUGCUGCCGGCUUGGUGACAGUAGGCGGUGGCAUUGGAGGUACGGUACUCUACGCCAAAUGGGACCCCAAAUUCCGAUCAGCUGUGGAGAAAAAUGUUCCAUACUCAGACAAGCUGUUUGGUUUGGCUUUGGGACCUGCUUCUCAAGAUGCCGGCCUCCCCAUCAGGAAACAGAUGGAGCUGGCGCAGCCUCCUUCGAUGUUGGACAAACAGGUGAAGGCCAAAACCAAGUCAGAGAAAAAGGCAGAGAGUCCAGCCAACGAGACGAGUCCCGCCCCAACACAGAGCAUAGAGGAGGCUUCAGCAGAGGCGACUCAUAUUAUCUCAGCCAUAAGUGAGGUCCCAUCAGUCCCUGCUCCAUGUGACACCGAAGCAGCAGUCAAAGAGUGCAAAGAGUGCCAUGACCAUGAGGAUACCCCAGUGACAGCAGCAGUUCUUCCUGACACAGAGUCUCCUGCAGCAACAGAACCACUGAAAGAACGUCCAGUAGAAGAAGUGACAGCGAGACUGGCUCAACAGGACCAGGAGGAACAAGAAAUCCUAACAUCUGUAUCAGCCACUCUAGAAGACUCACUGUCCAACACAGCCAAAGCUACACUGCAGGCCAUCGGAGCGCAGGAAGCAGCCCUGCAGGCCAUCACACGGCACACACACAAACUAAAGGAGGCAAUGGAAGCAGAGGUUCCACCGCAGGAGAAGUCGACCCAGUGGAAAGAACUAGAAGCUGCUCUUGCUGAUAGAACUUCUGCUGUGACUGAUGCUGAAGCCGCUCUGCUGAAAGCUAAUGAAGCUUUGGACAGUCUCAAGUCAGAUAUUGACAAGUCUAAAGGGCUGAAGGUUGCUUCUGUUCGUCCACUGGUUUUAGCCGCGGAGGAGAAUCUCCAUAACAUGGUGGUGGACCUGGACAAAGUGGUCACUAAGGUGAACUCUGCACAGUCAGAAGCUAAGAUUGUCUCCCAGUACAGUGAACUGGUGAAUGAAGCUAAACAACAGUUCCAGAGGGAAGUAAGCAGCCUCACUCCAGAGAUCCAGGCCAACUGGAAGGGGCUCACUGGUAAACUGUCAACAGAUGACCUGAAUGCCCUGAUUGCCCAUGCACACCGCCGUCUUGACCAGCUGAAUCGAGAGCUUGCCGAGCAGAGAGUCAGAGAACAGAUCCACAUUGAUGCAGCACUGGAGCAGCAGAAGCUGGAGGACCAGAAAGCCCUGGAGAAAGCUGUCAGCACUGCCCUGCAGCAUGUCAAGGAGGAAACCCGGCUCGAGCAGGAGAGGAAGCUGUCCGAGUUAAGGGAAGUGAUGGAAGCAGAGAUGAGGACUCAGCUCCGACGUCAGGCGGCCGCUCACACAGACCACGUCCAAGAUGUCCUCAAAGUCCAGGAGCAGGAGCUGAAGGCUGAUGCUGAGCAGGUCCUGGGCAGUAAGUUGCUGGAACAAGAGACCCACUUCCGUCAGCUGAGCCAGGAACAACUUGAUAACUUCACUUUGGACAUGAACACCGCAUACGCAAGACUGAAGGGGAUGGAGGAGGCUAUUGACAGCCAUGUGGUAGCAGAGGAGGAGGCCCGGAAGGCUCACAAGCUCUGGCUCUCUGUGGAAGCCCUCAACUACACAUUAAAGACUGCUGAUGCUGAUGCCCCCACCAUGCCUCUAGAGGGCGCUGUCCAGGCUGUGCGCGACAGCUGCCAAGAUAACGACUUCGCCUUGGCGCUGUCAUCAGCUCUCCCAGAAGAGUCGCUGCAUCGCGGCGUGUACAGUGAGGCCUCCCUCCGUGCCCGCUUCAACUCUCUACGUUCUCUGGCACGCCGGGUUGCCCUCAUUGACGAAUCCCACAACUCCUUGUACCAAUAUUUCUUGUCCUACCUUCAGGCUGCACUACUGUUUGAGGACAAACAGAAGGCCCCGCCUGCCCAGUUGAGCAGUGAGGAUUUAGACCCGUUCAAGCUUUUGGCAUAUGCAACCUAUUGCUUAGAGCACGGGGAUCUGGAGUUGGCAGCUAAACUGGUGAACCAGUUGAGAGGAGAGGCCAGGAGAGUGGUGGAGGACUGGCUGACUGAGGCCAGACUCACACUGGAAACCAGGCAGGUAGUCAGCUUGCUGUCUGCUUACGCAAAUGCUGUGGGGUUAGGAACCACCCAAGCUCCCUAGGCUGCCCCUCUCAUUUAGCCUUGUAAUCCUUAAAGGAAGAUCUCUUUUGAGUGUCAAGUAUUUGCCCACUGUAGGCUUGAAAGGUAGCUUGGUCGUGGUUGUAGCUUACUUCUCUGUGGAGGUCGGUGGCUGUACUCACCUUUGAUUGACAACAGGAAGAUUGCUUGAUACUCACAUACCCUCUUUUCACCGUUGUAGUCCUUUAUGUUAAAUGAAGUUCACCAAGUGGUACAUAAGUUUAUUUGUAAUGAAGCACUAAUUCACUGGGCAGUAAUUUGUUUAAAAAAAAAAAAGAUUUAAUGCACCCUCGCAAUCUAGUCUUGUUAAUUCAGGCCUACAGGUUUAGCGCAGCUAUUUAUUUCUGGCAUGGAAAAUGAAGCGUAUCAUUGAUUAAAGAAUUUGUCAUGCUGCAUUUUAUUUUUGUCAAUACUGCACAUUACAAUAAAUCAUCAACAAGAA